UUCGAUAUAACGAACCCUCGAUAUACCAAAAAAAAAAUCUCCCCUGUCCCUUGGCACUUCGUUAAAUCAAGUUUCCACUGUAAUAGACAAUUAUGUUAUGUAAAUAAAAUAAACAGCUACCAUAGCCUUGUUAUAACUCAUCAAAAUAUCGUUAAUGUCAUCUUUCAUGGCUUAUAACUCAAACACGAUUCAGCGAACCCCAUUGAAAUUGCAACUGAUAUACAAAGAUCUCUUUAAACGGACACCUCUGUAAGACGGACACCUAUUGUUAGUCCCUGCCGUUUUUCAGUUAUUUGACUGUAACUAUACUCUCUGUAAGACGGACACCUCUCUAAGACGGACAACGGACACUUUUCAAACCAUCAACGGACAAUUGAGAAGUGCUUUAUGUAGUGGGAAACCACCUCAGACCGGAAAAGUAGGUGCUCUACAUGACACUAAAUUGCAAAAUAUUUGAAGGUAUACUGUUACGCGUUUAGACCAAGAAGCCGUGAACGUAUACUUGUCAUGAACGUUUGAUCAUGAUCGACAAUAAGAAAAUAGUUCCACUUUCCUGUUACAAUGUUCCAGUCAUAAUCUGUUUGGAACAAGUUAAACAGACGAGGUCGUGUGUUCAUUGCUAAUAGGUACAGCUUUCCUGGUAAAGCCACGUUACCUCGAAUCUCCGGACACCUCUCUAAGAUGGACAGUUAGUGCCGGGGCCCGAAGGUGUUCUUCUUAGAGAGAGUCAAAUGUACCUUUUUAAGCAAACAUUAAUAAAACAAUUAUGUCUCAGGCUCACAGAGCCACCUUAAAUUUUCGAAGAUUAUAAAAGGUUUUGAAAAGGUUUUUCAGUUUAAUAGCGCUGAUAAAAUCGACUGAUAUAUAACGUGACUGAUUGACCGGGUAAUAUAAUUCAGCUGUAAUGUUUUUAUUGCAGGGUGCUGGACACUUUUGACAAAAUAGAAACUUGGGACGACCUACUGGAAGCCGGAGAAAAACCACCUUCUAAUCCUCAGGCUCCAUUGCCGGUAAUGGCGCGCAGUAGUGCAGCUAAUAAAGUUGGUGCGAGAGGUGGAGUUACAAGAACAAGUUUUCUAAACACAGCUGGCUGGAAGAUGGUCUUUGGUGGAAUUAGACAAAGGUACGUUUAGGGGCUAUUAAUACAACACCGGGAUGACUUUCAAUUUUGAGUUUACUUCAUUCUUUAUAUAUUUCUCUAUAUAUUUUUUUACAUGAUACCAAAACGACAUUUCAUUUCCGUUCAUUUCCUCCGGAAUGAGUUCAUUCAGGUUUUCAAUCGGAAUGAAAUGCUCGUUCUAAUGCCAAUUUCAUUUCAGUGUUAUGUAAACUGAAAACGAACUUUGUUCUGGAUUGAAAAUCGAACAUCGUGUAUUCUGGGGUGAAUAGCGCAUGAGUCCCUGAUCUGGCGAGAAAACCAAGUGAGGGAUAACGCCUUAAGCUAAGCCGUGAAUAUAAUUCGUACUUCAUUCCGGAACGAAACUCAUGCCGGAAUGAAAGUAAUUUCGGUAUCCUAUUAACAUCCCCUUAAGACCGCUGGUCGGCGAAAGCAAUCUUUCUUCUGGUCGAAAUUCUCUCUGUUCGCCCGCGCACUUGCAUAUCAUUCCCGUUCUAAGAAUUCCGAGCAACAUGAGACUGGCUCACAGUAUAGGGCUCUUCGAAAACUGAUGUCUUGUUAAUAAUAAUUUCCUAUUAACUAUUCACUAUUCUUUUGUGAAAGUGCACCUAUUACUUCGCCAUAGUACUUCCAUGGCAUUCUUGAUAAUGGCUAAGAAAACUGAUUUAAGUGCUUUCGAAACACCACUGUAAUCAAUGGCAACAGUGACUCAAUAGGGGCUUGACUCGGGAGGAAAAACUUUUGAUAAAGCCAGUUGAAUAAAAUGCAUGGAAGCGAGGGUGGGUAGUUGAACAAGAUUUUCAUCAUAGUUUGUGUGGCCAUAAUUAAUUUUUUUUGGCCUUUUUAUUCAGUCACCAUGACUGAAUCGUACUGAUUUUAUUUAGUGGAGAUUGAACGAAUCCUCUUCCUCCAGCACUUUAGUAAGGUGAAAAACUUGCCCUUAAGGUUUUGUUUAUUAAACUACUCAGUGAUUAGGGUUAUUCUUGAUUUGCAUCCACGUGAAAAAGCGGCCAUUUUGGUUAACAGUAGUACUAGUAGUUGACAGUAGUAAUAGUAUAGUAUUGCUAGCAGUAUCUUUUUUAUUUUACUAAGAAAGAGUUUAGAAAAACGUUUUUUAUUUAUUUAGCUUCGCCUAACUAGAAUCUAAAUAAAUAAAAAACUUUUCUAAACUCUUUCUUAGUAAAAAAAAAAAAGAUACUGCUAGCAAUACUAUACUAUUACUACUGUCAACUACUAGUACUACUGUUAAGCAAAAUGGCCGCUUUUUCACGUUUGUUUGUUUUUUAUAACUAAUAUGUUAAGUAAUAUUAAUGUUGACCGCUUAAACAACUUUCCUCCAAAUAAGUCAGUGAAAUUCGCAAAAAGAUCGUCAGAGAAUAAUGAGUUUCUUUUCUCUUUUUUCUACUCUUGUCGGCAUCGCCGAUUCAUGCUCUGAUUUGAACUGGUUAUGCUUUCAGACGAUAUGGAAUUCUGCAGUCAUUGGUAAAUCAAACCCAGAACGUUGAGCAGACGCCUCUGUGGCACCAAGUGGCCACAUCUGAAAAAAGU